AUGGCAGCUUCGGUACUCGUAGGAGUAACCGCUGUAUCAUCUUUCCUCAUAUGUUUCUUCAAGAAGAAAAGAAACACAAAACCUAAGGUUUCAUUGUUGAAAGAUCCAUUUUUGAAAGUCACUUAUGGAGAACUUCUCAAAGCAACUGAAGAUUUCUCUUCGACGAAAUUGCUUGGUUUUGGUAGUUUUGGUCGUGUUUAUAAAGGUAUUAUUGAUCAAAACCACAAACAAAAUGGGGAGUUAGUUGUUGCGGUGAAAGUAUUUGACCUUCAAACUUGUGGCGCUACCAAGAGUUUCAUGGCAGAGUGCGAAGCCUUAAGGAAUAUUCAACACCGAAACCUUGUUUCGAUCAUAACUUCUUGUUCUAGCAUUGAUUUUCAAGGGAAUGACUUUAAAGCUCUAGUUUAUGAGUUCAUGCCAAAUGGAAGUCUAGAUAAUUGGUUACAUCCAAUUCCGAAUACAAAUAAUUAUGGGGGACUUGAGUACGUGGGACUCAAUCUUCUUCAAAGAAUAGACAUUGCCAUUGAUGUGGCUUGUGCUCUCGAUUAUCUUCAUCACCAAUGUGAAAGGCCAAUUAUUCACUGCAAUUUAAAGCCGAGUAAUAUCCUCCUUGACUACGACAUGGUAGCUCAUGUUGGAGAUUUCGAUCUAGCUAGAUUUCGUACAGAGUUCACUGCUCCAAAUACAAAGUAUGGAUUGGGAAGCGAGAUGUCAACUAGUGGAGAUGUUUAUAGUUAUGAGAUCUUGUUGUUGGAGAUAAUAACAAGGAAGAGACCUACUAACAAAAUGUUUGAUGCAGAUCUUAACCUUCAUAACUUUACAAGGAUUGCUUUGCGUCAACGUGUAAUGGCUCUUAACCGAGGGGAGAAAUGGCAGGAAAAUGAUGGAAUAUCUUAUCUCCGUUAUAGAGAUAGGAUUAGCAUGCUCUACAAAGUCCCCAAAAUACGGAAUGAACAUAGAUAUUGUGCUUUGUGA